AUGAAGGCUACGGCUCCCAAGAUACGCGCGCCUGACUUCGAGGGUGAUAAUCAAGAGAUAAGCAGGGCAGCAGAGGUCAAGAUGGAAGGUUGGAAAAUUGAUCAGCUGCAACGUCGUUUGCACUGGACCCAGCUUCAAGCGUUGCUAUCUACGGACCCAUUGCUGACCAUCUUGGAAUCGGGGCUGAUCGGACCGCUUCGGGGACCGACAUCGACUCCACAAGCAGCCAUUAGCAAAAUGAAAGCAGUACAACGUCUCAUUCAACUGCCACAAGGCGCAGGAUUUGUGCCGGGGGCGUUUGACGCGCAGGUUUUGGUUGACUUCGACCUGGAUCAAGUGAUCACGGCCAGCCGAUCACUGUUUAAAGCGCUGGUCCCACUAACCGGCACCUAUGACUCCUCUGACCGCGAGCUCACGACCAGUAUCAUGGUCAAAGAGGAAGACUGUUCACCAGCGGUGUCGUCACAUUACGCUUCGGCGGAUUCGCUUGCGGACGAUAGCGACGGCUUGAAAAUAAAGCUAAUGUCGUUAGGACCAUCCGGUGCAGCACUUUUACGUGACCGCCACGAUCAUCCUACUCCAGACACCGGACCGUUGAGACUAACCACAGAGCCAGUCGAUGCUACGGAUGAGCCCGACCAGAUGCAAAUCUACUUUGCAAAGGCCAUGAAAAAGUCUAUGCGAGACCAACAGCGAACGCCGCCACAUUCUGAGCCGACCAGUCGUCCCACCCCCAACCACAAGGUGUUCGGGGAAGGUAUGCCAUACACGAACAUGGAAUCGGCUGACUCGCAUGGCAGUCACGGUAGCGCUUUUUACCCUGACGACCUCGACAUUGACGGCGUCCUUCGACCUCACUUGGCUAUUGCGAAAGCCAUUACGGGAGAAGGAAUUGCUAGGCAGCAAAUUCGCAUGUCUGCGAUCGCCGAUCUAGAGGAGUUCUCAGGCCGCAAUCACGAUGAUGACCGCGCUCGAAGCUGGGUGCGAAAGGUCAAAUCAGCUUUCUUGCGUGACCAAGCCCCCGAUUCGAGGAACUGUUUGGUUUUAGGAGAUUUGCUAGCAGGCCCAGCCCGAAACUGGUACUCCCAGCUGAGCCGAUCGACACGCAAUAAGUGA